CAGCAUUAUCUACAGUCAAGUAUAACGACAGUCUGCAAAGUCGGCUUUUAGCAAAACCAUCCUGCAACAAAACAACUUCAAGCAUUUCCUUCACGUCAGUGCUUUAGCUGACCAUGUUGACAGCCUUAACUCUGGCCUCCCUGAGCCUUAUGGUGUGGCCAUCUAACCUCUGCCCUCCAACCUGCAAAUGUCUCCACAACCUGACCAAUGUUGUGUGUCAGCAGACAGGGCUGGACCAGAUCCCUGAGCUACCAGAAGGCACAGAGCAGCUGUACGUCUCAUACAAUAAGAUCCAGGAAAUACCCAAGCAUGGGCUGGAGAAGCUAAAGGUCCUGGACCUGACUAAGAAUCAGCUGAAUGUCUUCCUAUCCCUCAACCCAGUUUGGCCCAACAUGACAAAGCUGUCUAAGCUCUUCCUACGCAACAAUGACCUGAGGUUGCUACACCCUGGUCAGUUCCUAAACUGCCUCGCUCUCACCUUACUGGACCUGAGCGAGAACCAGAUCGAAUAUCUACCCACUGGAUUCCUCCAUGGAUUAUCUAAUCUGAAGACGCUGUUUGUGAACUUUAACCAGAUUCAAAUGUUACAGGUUGGUGGAUUGGAAGGAGCCUUCGCCCUCGCUGACCUCCACCUUAGCCACAACAAUAUAACAAAGAUAGAGGAAGGUGUGUUCAAGAACUCCACUGUGUUGGAGAACCUUGUUCUGUCCAGAAACAGAAUCACACGUGUGGGCAAAGCCAGCUUCACAGGAGUAACAAGUCUCCAACAGCUUAACCUGAGUGGUAACAUGCUGGUCACUGUUCCAGCUGAGGCAUUGAGGGCUGUAAACAGGCUUAGGUAUCUGUAUCUACAGAAGAACAGCAUCAUCAGCCUUCCAGAGAAUUGCUUCUCCUCAUUGAGCCUAUUGGAGCAUCUAGACUUGAGCAACAACAAGCUGACCACUCUGUCUGAGGGAUCACUCAGAGGUCUGACCAUGCUGCUUGCGCUGGACCUCAGUCUCAACCCCAUAGAUUCUCUUCCCUCAAAAGUCUUCAAUGACCUGAUCAGCCUUGAGUCACUUGAUUUAUACAGGAACAGGCUGGCAUCUCUUCCUCUGGAUGUAUUCAGUAACUUGAACAACCUGCAAGAGUUGCAGCUGGACAGCAAUCAGAUCUCUGCCAUACCAGUCGGGGUAUUUGAUUCGUUGUCCAAACUCAACGACUUACAUCUGUCGAACAACCGCAUCCCGGAGCUCCGACCUGCUCUGUUCAACAAGCUUGAAUCACUGCAGAACCUGUACUUGGAGUACAAUGCUCUGAGGCACCUUCCCGAAGGCCUUUUCCACAAGAUGAAGGUCCUCAAGAAGAUACACCUCGAUGACAACCAUAUCAGGUCUCUACAUCCCUCAGUCUUCCAUGGUUUGGUGCGAGUACAUUCGCUGAAGCUCUCUCGCAACCAUCUCACCUCUCUACACCCGGACCAGUUCAGAGACCUUAUUGGUUUGAAAAAGUUAAAACUAGAUGGAAACCACAUAGGUAACCUUCCUGCAAGCCUGUUUGUGAAUCUACUACAUCUUAAUACACUGGAUCUGGACUAUAACCGUAUCUCAGAGCUGUCUCCUGAUGACUUCGUAGGGUUGACUAACCUGAAAGACCUCAGAUUGAGCUUCAAUCAGCUCCAUGACAUCCCGUUUAACACUUUCUAUCCCCUACACAACCUCCACAAGCUUCUGCUGAAGAACAACAGCCUGGGUAGUUUACACCCUCUGCUCUUUGCCGGACUUUCAAAGCUAACGGAACUCAACUUGGAUGGAAACAAGUUGGAUCACCUGCAACCUGGUGUAUUUAAAGGACUCUUAAAACUUCAGAAACUGAGUUUAAAGUCCAACCAGCUUAGAGCAGUAGAGAAUGGGACUUUGGAGCCUUUAAGAAACCUUAGGGCUGUCUAUCUGUCAGGUAAUUUAUGGGACUGCUCCUGUGCACAUAUUCUCUACAUCAGCAGCUGGGUCAACAUACACAGAGACAAUCUCGGAGACCAGCCCAUUUGCUUCUUCUCUUCUUCUUCUUCUUCAGAGAAUACAACACUUUCUCAGGCAGCUCUGUCUCCCCCGUUGUUGCAAGAUCAUUGCAUGACAAGUGCUGCAAGUGGCUCAUCCCCUUUACUUCCUCUAGAAAUGCUGAAUCUGCUCACAAUUUAUUUCAUAGCUGUCUGCCCACUGUGACAUCCUUUGUGGUGAAUUUGUGCUCUCUAACAUUUUCUUCCUGCCUUUGCUUUUCAUGUUAACUCUGUACAGAAGCCCUGAGAGGCAAGUGAGAAGAAAAAAAAGUCUGGUGAUCCAUUUUCUAAGUCUGAUCUAAAUUCUUUUCUCUCCUGUGUUUAUGAUUAAAGAAAAGAUGUCAGGACAAUCUUUCUAAGUUCCUUAAACAUUUUCUAAGUUACUUUUUUUCCAUCUGUGAUUUUGUGCGUGGAUCACGUUUGUUUCAAGUGUUUGAUGUUGUAAUACUCAUUUCGGCCACAAGACACUGAAGUGUAUCACUAACCUGUGUUCUAAAUACGUCUUAAAGCAUUUGUGUUUUCUUCCAGGUGAGUUUUAAUUUCUCCAUGCACUCUAAAUACAAGGAAGGUACAUAUUGUGUUGGCAAGUUAUGUAACAUUACUGUCAUGUCUUUCUUUUGGCUAUAGACACGUAUUUUAAUCAGUGCUAAUCUGCUGUUUUAGUCCUAUUUCGAAGAGAACAUGGAGUAGUGGUGUGCUUCAGCAUCUUGUGGUUGAAAGGAGUAUUACAACAACAAACAUUUAAAUCCUGACAAAAGGAAA